CCCUCCCUUGCCGUGCUGGAAAAUGGCUGUGCAGGGGAGCAGGGAGUUCUGAACGGGAAAAAAAAGAAGGCGAAGUGAAAAAAGAAGAGCUUUCCACAAGUUCCGCGCACCACUGGAAGCCACUGAGUACUUUUUCAACAUUGGACCGACUCCUGACAUUUUGCAGUGUUUCGAGCGUCGCGACUAAAAUAAAGUAAGAAGAGUCAAGAAAUAUCAACGGGUUUGUCAUAGUCCUGUCCAGAAUAUGUGGGAGCUUUACAGAACCGAAGAGGAUUAAAGGCUGUCCCACUCCACCAAGGGUACUCCAAUUUACACCACUUCAUUCGACCGUGGGGAGCCCGGCGACACACGUCCCUCCACUGAUAUAUUUUGAACUCGGCUGCUCCCGUAGCAUCCAGCUGCCAGCAGGUGUUCGCCAUUUGAAGGAGCAUGUUGCCGACGCUCUCCCUCUGCUCCAUCAUUUGGCUGAACCGGGGUAUCAAGCUGAGGAAAGUGCACCACUUCACUAACACCGGUCAGGUCUGAAAUAAACGUUCGAAGGUCAAGCGCUGCCUUACAGACUUGUGAAAAUGCUUCUAAGCUUCGGGUGACUCCGUGGGCCCCCUCCCUCCACCCACACCAAAGCCACCCCGCAACAUCCAACUUUUCAUUUGCUGUUUUCUCGGGGGAUUUUUGUUUAGCUGGACCCAUUUAUUGCAGGGGGGCUUGGCCUGCAACAUAUAAUCCUCCACUGGGCCAUUUUGAAUCGUGCUUCCCUCACAAGAUGGCAACGGAAGGUUUCCAGUACCGUGUGCUCUACGAGUUCACCAAGGACCAGGAAGAAGAUUUGGAUCUGCAGCCAGGAGACCUCCUGAUUGUUAGCAAGGCCUCACUACUGUCUGUAGAAAACUACCACGAGGGCUGCGCGGAGAAGCCCGAGUGCCUCGGCUGGCUUCUCGGUUACAACGAGCGCUCCAAGCAGAGAGGCGACUUCCCUGGAACGUAUGUCGAAUAUGUGGGCCCAGUCAAGAUGGCACUCCCGUCCAGUCAACCCAGGUCUCAGCGACCCCUACCGGCUGCUCCCACUCCAGAGUCAUGUCAAGCUGCUUCAGUGCCCGACCUGAGUGAGCAGUUCACACCACCAGAGACGGCUCCCGCCGCCCUCGUCAGCCUGAUCCAAGCCAUAGAGCAGAGAGGUCUGGACUCCCAAAGUCUGUACAGGAUGACUACUAGUUCCUCUGUUUCAGACAGCCCAAUCUACAGCCUGAGUCCUGAGAGUGAUAUCAAUCAGACAGAUGUGAGCAUCUUGUCAGAGUGUGUCUUGCACUACCUGAGGAACCUCCCCUCAGCUGUCAUCCCUGCGUGUACCUAUGCUCAUCUACAAACUGCUAUUAUGCAGCAGCAGCAGGUCCUACAGCAGUCAGCAGAUGGUGCAGUAGCUGGCAGCCAUGACAGAGAGGUAAGCCGGGUCCUCGAGAGCUCCACCACCAUCCCUCUUCAUCAUCGCCUCACCCUUCAGUACCUCCUCACACACCUGGCCAAGGUGACACAGGCACAGGCCAGCAACGCCUUGGACACACACACAUUGGGCAAGAUCUUUGGACCGUUGCUGAUAAGGACAGGUCCUUCCACUCCAUCGUUGUCAUUGGAUGAGGAGUUGCCUGCUCUUGUAGUGGAAAGGCUUCUGAUUGAGAGAACUGCCGAACAAGACCUCACACCACCAGUUCUUCCAGCAAAGCCAACAAAGGCAAAAGGGGCACCAUCAACUGUGAUGGACACAAGCACCCUUCUCAGUGAUGCUGAAUGGUACUGGGGAGACAUAUCCAGGGAGGAGGUAAAUGAGAAAUUGCGAGACACUCCAGAUGGCACCUUCCUUGUCCGAGAUGCCUCAAGCAAACUCGAGGGCGAAUACACGCUCACCCUCAGGAGAGGAGGGAACAACAAACUUAUAAAGAUCUACCACAGGGAUGGGCGGUACGGCUUCUCAGAGCCUCUCACCUUUCUGUCCGUGGUUGAGCUGAUCAACCACUACCGACAUGAGUCCUUGGCCCAGUACAACGCCAAGCUGGACACCAAACUUCUUUACCCUGUUUCAAAAUACCAGCAGAUGGUGAAGGAGAACAGCAUAGAGGAGGUCGGUGAGCAGCUGAAGGUCUAUCACGAGCAGUACCAGGAGAAGAGUCGCGAGUAUGACACCCUGUACGAGGAGUACACGCGCACCUUACAGGAGCUGCAGAUGAAGCGCACAGCCAUUGAGGCCUUCAACGAGACCAUCAAAAUAUUUGAGGAGCAAUGUGAGACUCAGCAGCGCUACAGCAAAGAGUCUCUGGAGCGCUUCCAGCGGGAGGGAAAUGAAAAGGAGAUUCAGAAGAUCCAGAGCAACUCGGAGCGUUUAAAGUCUCGCGUGAAAGAGAUCCACGACAGCAAGCGGAAGCUGGAGCAGGACUUGAGAGAGCAGGUCUCUGAUAACAGAGAAAUCGAUAAGAAGAUGAACAGCCUCAAGCCAGAUCUCAUGCAGCUCCGCAAGAUUCGAGACCAAUACUUGAUAUGGUUGACACAGAAGGGUACAAGGCAAAAAAAGAUUAAUGACUGGCUUGGCAUAAAGAAUGAUGCUGAUGACUCGUACUCGCUGGAGGAUGACGAGGGCUCACCCCAUCAUGACGAGUGCACCUGGUACGUGGGUGACAUCAAGCGUGCCCAGGCCGAGGAAUUGCUGAGAGGCAAAUGUGAUGGAACCUUCCUCAUCCGUGAGAGCCAAUCGCAGAAGGGCUCAUUUGCAUGCUCUGUUGUCGUGGAUGGUGACACGAAACACUGCGUCAUCAACAAGACGGCCACAGGUUACGGAUUCGCCGAGCCAUACAAUCUCUACUCGUCCCUCAAAGAUCUGGUGCUUCACUACAAAAAUGUCUCAUUGAUCCAACACAAUGACCAUCUGAAUGUAAAUCUAGCAUACCCAGUCCUGGCCCGCUCUCAGAAUCAGAACCAGCACCCCAGAUGAAUUCACCACCAGCAGACAAGGGGCAUAACAAGGGUGGGGGAAUUUUUACUCUCAUGCAUUGGGGGGAAAGACUCUGAAGAAGGGGUCGUUCAUGUGUUUAGUAGCGAGUAAAAUCAGCUUAACAAGCAUGACUCUCUGGUGAGAGGAUGGGGUGGGUAUUCCAUCUGAUCCCAGUGCGGCUAAGAGCACUUCUUGCUAGCAGCAUGGCUUCACAAUAAGCAUACCGACUUGUAACUUCAGCACUGUACAGUUAGCCCGACACAGUGAGCCGCUUUAGCCAGCCGUGACUGUACAGUGUAAGUUACACAAACUCAGUGUUAAAAUGUACAAUAACACAUCUGGAUACAGAAGAAGAACGUGUUCAAGGAUAAGCACACACAAAAUAACUUCAUUUUUAGAUGCGAAGAAAUUCUGAAGAGUAGGGAGAGAUGGUGGUAUGAUGGGAAUUUUUACAGGAGGCACCUUUUUUUGUUUUCUUUUGCUUUUUUGCCUUAAACACAUGAUAGCUGUUUAUAGACAAAGGCCCAAACUGUUAUCCCCAGACCGCCUGCAAACUCUACGUAGACAAAAGCCUGAGCUGUCAUUCUGUGAAAAGGACUGGCUUGGCUAAACCAGGCGGCUUGCGUCACACCUUAAGGCGGCUGAGAAAGCGUUGGACCAGGGUGGUAUAGUCACUGGAGCCUGGGGUAAGGGAAAGGGAGCGCAGGGGGUAUUCACUUUGUGGAGUGGAUAUUUUUAGGCGGUUGUAGAAAAGACUAAUUGAAUUUGACGCUUGUGUAAGUACCAUAGUAAUAGCUUUGAAUGACCAUAAGCCUGUGUCACUUGUAGAGAGAGGCAGGAGAGAAUGGCUGUCAAAGUCGACAAAGCUGCAGCUUUAAAAUAUACCUUUUUUUUUCUCAGUCAAAUCUUCUCUAUUUCCAACGGCUUUGGCUUGUUGCUCUAUCUCAGCAGGCCUCUGUUCAAAUCGACGAGGUACAACACGAUAAAACAUUUUUUUUUUUAAAUGCACGGUACAUCUCGUGAAAGACGUUUCGGUCACAGUACAAUAGAUGGACAGCUACAUUGAAGAAUGCAGUUCCUCAGGAUUCAGGUUUCCCCUUGACUGAAAUAGUGGACAUCCUGCAUUCAACUUGUUUUUCUUUCUUUUUUGGGUCCUCUUCAAGACUGUAGCACCUGUAGCCAUUGACUUAACUGUUAGUGCUUAUUGUAUGUGUCUGCUUCCUAUAUGCUAAAGAAGGCACUUGCAGAGCAGCAAUCUAUGUGAUUAUUAUAUCUUCGGUACUGUAUUUUGCUUUGUUUCUACUUAGACUGUUUCCAAGGUCCUUGCAGAAGUUAAUUGUUUUUUGUUUUAAAAACUAUUUACUCACGGUACUUCCCCUUUCUUGCGCUUGACUGUUGGUUUUAAUCACAAGCUUGACUCACAGAGCUGCAAAACAUUUAUUGUACAGAGAAAAGAAAAAAGUAAUAUAACAGUAUAUUUCAGCCAUUCAUGCAGUCAGUGUAUGUGAGCUUGUGUUUUAUUGUUUAUUUUUUCAGUUGCGCUUAGAUUUAGUUUCCUUCAUCCAGCUAAUUUGAGCCAAAUGAAGGAUGUUUUUUUUUUUUCAUGUAGCAAGAAUAAGAAACAAAGGAUCCAAUUUUUUUUUUUAUUUUUUUUUAGGUCAAAGAGAUUACCAAGUCCUUCAUGUUUGCUUGUCGUGCAUAAACAGGGCUCAACAAAUUUAUUAGACCAGUGGUUCUCAAAAUUUUUACACCAAGGACCACCUAUAAAAAACCCAUAACUUAGCUCUCUAAGUAUCACCAUGAUGACAUCAAAAUUCAGUAGUAAUUGAUAAAAAAAAUAUUCCUCAAAGUAUAUUUAAUAUUAUUGUAAGCCAGUUUAACAUUGUACAGUUUGAACAGUAACCCUGUGCUUAAAUAUAAAAAGAUAAAUCUACCUAAAUAAUGAUUACAUUAAAAUUUACUGCACAUAAAAGUUUAAUAAAAAAUUAAAUUAAAAAAGUUCUUGAAGAUUAAAUGCAAAUGUAUUGAACUUAAAAGUUAAAUACAACUGAACUGUAAUAAUGCAGUGAUUUUUUCAUGCACCGCAGCCUGCAUUGCAAAUAAUACAAAUAAUUUUGGUAAUUACUAAUGCUGUUCAUUUAGGACAGCUGAGGCGUGAACAUAACAUUGGGUGCUGCCUCACGGUUCUGAGGACCGGGAUUAAAAUCCUGGCCCCCCAUGUGUGGAGUUUGCAUGUUCUCCCCGUGCCUGCGUGGGUUUUCUCCGGGUACUCCGGUUUCCUCCCACAUCCCAAAAACAUCCAUGGUAGGUUAAUUGAAGACUCUAAAUUGGCCGUAGGUGUGAAUGUGAGUGCAAAUGGUUGUUUGUUUAUCUGUGCCCUGCGAUUGGCUGGCAACCAGUUCAGAGUGUACCCGCCUCUCGCCCGAAGAUUGCUGGGAUAGGCUCCAGCACGCCCGCAACCUAGUGAGGAUAAGCGGUAUGGCACAUGGAUGGAUGUACAUAAAAGUUAAAUAAUCACUCCAAAAUAAAUGUUUAACAAUUAACAGUUCUUAAAGAUUAAAUGUGAAUGUACAGAAGUUAAAAAGUUAAAUACAACUAAACUGUACUCACACUUGAGAAUCACAGGCCUAAUAAAUUUGUUAGGCACUGUACAUGGAUGCAUUUUGUGUGGUUGUAUUAUGCACAACACACUAGUAUGCGGAGAAGAAUUGGCUUUCGAGUUACAUGUGAUUUCACAUCUUCCAUAUUCGUUUGAAUUCAGGUCUCACUUUCAAAGCACAAUACUUGCUUACAUAAUGUCCAUUAUGACGCUCACCUACCGUACUCUUGCCAAAAAAAAGGAAUAGUAUUUUUGUAAAAGGGUUGUGUAGAGGAGACAAAAGUAAAAAGUAUUUUUGGAUUUAAAAAAGUGGCCAAACUCAGCUGUAUAAUAUAAGAAGUGUGAUGAAGGGCUACAAAACAUUUUUGUUUUUUAAUCAUGAAGGUGUUGAUUUCCCUGGUACCAUUAAGAAAGUCCACUUUCAGCCAAGUAAAGUGAAUUGAUCAUGUUUACUGAUAAACUUUCAACAAUGUGUCAACGCGGAUAGGACUUUUGAACGUGAUCUGGUUUGUGCUCUACCCUAUGUUUACUGUUCUUUUUUUAUUUUUUAUUUUUUUACUUGGACUGGCCCAAUUUUGUGGAAAUGAAAGCAACUCCCCAAAUGUUCAUUUCCGCCAUCUUAGCCAGUUUUAUUCAGUUGUACUGUACUUUGCACAAACUUUUUUGGCAGAGUGGAACAUAGAGGUGAGGUGAGUGCUUCUGCUCAGAGGGCUUAAAUGAAAAAAGAAAAAAAAAGCGAGUGAAAGAUUAGAAGUGCCUUUCGUCAAUAGUGAUGAGCGCAUCCUCUCCUCUCUGUUGUUGUUGGAGCCACAUGCUGCGCCAGCCAUGCUUUCACUUUUCUCAGCAAAAUGUGUGUGUGUGUGUGUGUUUUAGAUGUCUGCUUGAUUUUUAGUUGUGCCUCUUUGUUGUCUAGAUGUAUUGUUGAAUUGUUACAAGCGCUUUCUCUAAUGUGGUGCACUCUCACUUUGCACACAAGCUCUCCUUUUUUUUUUGGGUUAAGAUUUGUCACGUGUAUGUUUAAAUAAGACUGAGUCAACAAUGUGAACAUCCGUGGCCAACUGUAGUCGCGUGAAGAGUUAAUGCAUGCAGAAUUUAUGAAAUACUAGUUCUGUGUGAACUACUUGGUCAAGUUAUCUGCCGUUGCUAACAUCCAUCCUGUUUCUUGGACCAACACUUUUUUAACAGCACUUUUCGUCUGUUCCACACAAAUUCUGCUUCUAAGGAAAGUUGCUGAUAUUAUGCUUUCAGGUAAAAUUUCAGAAUGAACCUAAAGCCCGCGUAACUUCAGACGGGAUGUCCUCAAAGAGAAGUGGCAAUUCAAGAGUAUCACAUUGUCGUCAAGAGGGAGACUGGAAGAGUCACAGAAAGGCAUAGAAGUGGAAAUCCAAGGAAAUUUUCUCAGAUCAAAAAUUUUGCCCGUCGAACAUCAAGUUGUGCAAAAAGUAAUGUAACAUUGAGCAAUUUGACACUUAAAUUGUAAGAGGUUGAAUUAAGUUCCCAUGUAAAGGGUCUUGUGGACUUUAGGUUCAUCCUGGAAAUUGCCCCUGAAAGCCAAAAAUCCAUAAGUUUUUGAGAGUAAAGUAGUUUACGCAACUCACCAAAACCCACAGUGUGGUGAAGCUCAGUUUUCUUCUGGUUUGAAGCUCUUUCUACACAGUAUUCAGUGUACAGUUUAUAUAGACACUAUAGUCAAAAUUCUAUGAACAUUAAUAAUACUUUACAGCUGUCUUCUUAUGCACUUUGGUCCGCACUGCUAAAUUGUAUCAAGACUAAUCGACCACAGUUUCUUUCAAAGGCCAGUUUUGCAUAAUAAUAGAAUCCUUAUUGUCGUUGUCAUCAGUCUGUGUAGAGAGAUUCAAAUUGGACUUUGAUUGCUUUGAGCUGGAAAUUAAUCUCAGCCUGUUUUUAAUUGGAAUUUGUUCAGAUUGCGCAACUUGUUUCAGGGAUGUUCAGGUGACUUUGGAGGAGGUGAACGCUUUCAGCUGCCAUAUUUUGUGAGAGAUAUUUAAAAGCCUGAGGCAAUGCAACUUUAGUAGCAGACAGGCACGACGUGGGCAUACGUUCAAGACUCGGCACGCUUCGCUUUUCUUCCCGCUCGUGUAUUAGAUAUGCAUUUUGUGUCCGUGUAUCUUGAAACACGUUUUUCUAUAUGGCAAAUGAUCAUUUGAAUAAUGAAAUAUUUUUUCAUCAGCUUUGGUACACUGUAUAUGAUAUUUCUUGAAAAAGGCCUCACGCCCCAAGCACAUUUUUCACUGACGACGAGGAACAUUGCAAUUUGGUGUUUGUAAAAGUUUGAAACGUGAGAGAUGUAACACAGAAUAACUAUUUUGAAGUAUAUACUUAAGAUAUCUAUAUUUUUGAAUGAUCUUAUUAUCAUUUGGAUUGUGCUUGAAAACAAAUUGGAACAAGGCGUUGGGGUUAUCGUCGGGCUCUGUGUCGGCUUGCGGUCAGGGCAAGCAGUUCAUAAAAUGCAAGCAAUCUUACUAAUCAGCUUCAGUAAGCUUCCGUGUACUUUGUUGGUUAUCGUCAUUAGAAUUACAUUACAUAACUACAGUAUAUUAAACUUGAUAAUCCGGUGCAUUCAGACGAUGAAGCAAGCUCAUGUAUAUGUGUUGAUAUUUACAGAGCCAAGGCUAUAUGUUCAAUGCAAUCUUGGCUGCUUUGCAUUUUUGAAAUCUCAGAGAGAUGUUUUUUGUUUGUUUGUUUUUCUUGAACUGAGAAUCUGUCGUUGUUAUUUCGAAGAUUUGUGAGUAGACACAGCGUUAACAGUGCACCACAAAAUAAACGGCUAACGUGGGUGAGUGAGUAUUGUCGAAGCCUGGAAACAAACACAUUUGCAGCAAAAAUGCAGAAUGCAGAAGAAAAACCUGACAAGAAUGAUUGAAAACAGGUACACCAGGCCAAAAUCACUUCUUUCUGCAAAUCUUCACAAAAUGAAACAAUGAUGGCAUUAGAAAGUGUUAUUUUAUGGUGCCUGAGUAUAUUUUUUUAUUUAGCUUUUUGAAAAAAAAUUUGAUAGAAUUGUUUGUCCAAGUUCUGUUUUUUUUUUUGUUUGUUUAAAGAUAACAUUACAGAGCCUAUACAGAAAAAGAUAAGCUAGCUUGAAUUUUUUUUUGCUCAAUACAGAAAGAAAUGCAAAUGUUUACAAUAUGUAAUUAACCAAAUAGUAAAUACCCAUUUGAGAAUCAAUCUAUCCCUCAAAGUGGCCAUGAUUGAUUUGCAUUUCUUUAUUUCAUGUCAUUAUAAACUUGAAAAUAUUGUUUGUUCUUGUUUUCCCUGAUAUUGUUCCUUGUUUUUGUUUGACUUGUUGAAACAGUGCUCCCUCUAUUGCCGCAUUUGUUUUGAACCUAACCUGCUUAAAAAAACAAAAACAAAAAACACUGAGCCUUGUACAUUGCAUCUUUUCUUGUUUAUAUGUGAUGUAUGUUUCAUCAUAAUUCUCAGAUAUCUCACGGGGUAAUAAUUUUAUUCUUUAUUCUUAAUUUUUUUUAUUUUAUCGACUUUGAAACAUAUCAGUAAUGUCAAAUAUUAGAUUAAACCAACGGCAUAAAUGAUGAAUCAAGAAAUCCUAGAGACAUUGCAUUCUUUUUGCACUAUUUGAAGAAAGGGCAAGGUGAAUCAAUUUCUUCCUUUGUCUAAAAGCUUGUUUAUGGGUGCUUUUUCAUUUCGUCUGUGGAGGUUACAUAUAGUGGACAUCAAAAGUCUGAACACCCCUUUUCAAAUCCCAGGUUUUUGUGAUAUAGUAAAAAUGAGACCACCAUUUUUGUGACCUGUAUGACUCAGUCGAAAAAUAAAUCUUUUCAAGAGGGGAAGUAAACAAACUGAGAUAAUGUGGUUGCACAAAUGUGCACACACUCUUAACUGGGCAUUUGGCUGUGUUCAUUCAUUCCAUAAUUGGCCAUAAUGCCGAAUUGAAACCUUGGUUUCAUCCAUCCAUAACCCCAUUUCCCCACAUGAAUUUGGGAGAUUUAAAGUGUGUUUUUGCAAAACAAAUCUUAAAACAAGGUUGAAAAUGCUUUGGGGCUGUUUUUUUCUCAGCUAGAACUGCGGCCUUAGUUAAGUUGAAGGGAAUUAUGAACAGUUCCAAAUAGCAGGCAGUCUGACACAAAACCUUGAGGCUUCUACUAGAAAGUAAAACAAUGUCAGGAAAAGUGUACUAGAACAGCUGACAUUUCCAUCCAUCCAUUUUCUGAGCCACUUAUCCUCACAAGGGUCGCAGGAGUGCUGGAGCCUAUCCCAGCUAUCAUCGGGCAGGAGGCGGGGUACACCCUGAACUGGUCGCCACCCAAUAGCAGGGCACAUUCACACCUACGGUCAAUUUAGAGUCUUCAAUUAACCUACCAUGCAUGUUUUUGGGGUGUGGGAGGAAGUGCCCGGAGAAAACCCACGCAGGCACGGGGAGAACAUGUAAACUCCACACAGGCGGGGCUGGGGAUUGAACCCUGGUCCUCAGAACAGUGAGGCAGACAUUCUAACCAGUUGCCGUGCCACCCAGCUAAUAUUUAUUUGGGUUUAAUCAGUGGGACUUUACAUGAUUGCAGGUGAGAACUGAUGCCUAUUUAACACGAGUUUGAAUGUGAUUAGCUAAUCCUAAACACAGCCAUGUCCCAGUUAUAGGAGGAUGUGCACACUUGUGCAACCACAUUAUCUCAGUUUGUUUUAUUUCCCUCAAAAAGAUUCAAACAUUUCUUCAAUUGAGUUGCACAGGUUAUGGGUCACAUUAAUAGUAGAAAAUGUGAAAUUAUUUAUUUUGGUGUGUGUGGACUUUGUAUUCACUAUAUAGCCAGUUGCUUCACACCAUUGAAUAAUUGUAAAUGGUGACCACUCUUGCUGAAAUCCCAACGUUCACGUCUUUAUAUAGGAGAAAUUAUUUGAUUGCUGUCACGCUACAAUUGUAUCAGAAGGCUCAACUAAAUAAAAAAUGACUAAAUGAUAAUAAUCUGGCCGUCUUUGCUGUCCAUGGUGGAAAUGAACAAAGCAAUCACACAAAGCUACUCCACACCAAAGUACAAGUGAACUGUGAGGGAGCACUGUUGUUUCACCCUCUUGGUUGUUUUGUGUCUAACCCCUAUGUACAAAAACAUUUAUAAAUCCUCUCGUGUUCUCCCUCCGUCUGUUGGUCUUUCAUAUCUCACAUCUGACUAAUUUCCAUUGUCAUGUAUAGCCUGCAGAAUUGUCUUCAUUCAUAGGUACUCUUUCAUCUGUAUGGUUCUUCUGUCUAGCCUGAUGCAAUGAUUUUAAAAGACAAUAAAAUAUACAGUAUAUAAAAUGUGA